UCUCUCUCUCUCUCUCCUCUGUUUCUAGGUAUUUGUUUCCUCAGUCUUCAUUGCUCUAAAGAGAUAGAAAGAGAGUUGAAAGUUCAGAGAAAAGCAUGGUGGAUGAAUUCAUGGUGUGUGUGGAUCGAAUAAUAGCAUCAUCAUGCUUUGAGCCGGUGAAUGAGAGAGAAAGGCUUUUAGGAAGUGGUGCUGGUGGUGGGGAAGUGGUAGUUACCACUGACAACUAUGAGAACAACAACAAUGGAGUAGUCACUCUAAACAAAGGCAACAACAACAACAAUGGUGGUGGUGGUGAUGGUGGAGAGGGUUGUUCAAAUGCUGUAAAAGAUUGUAGGAUAUGUCAAGAGGAAGAUGAAGAGCAUGAAAUGGAAGCUCCUUGUGGCUGUAAUGGAACCCUCAAGAAUUUGGAGAGUCCCAGAAUCUAUAAACAUGAUUCUGCACUAUCACUUAAGUUUGCUCAUAGGAAGUGCAUCCAGAGAUGGUGCAACAAAAAAGGCGACAUCACUUGUGAAAUCUGCAAUCAGGUUUUUUCACCGAACUAUACUCUCCCUCCAGCUAGAUGCAAUGCUGAUGUAAUGGCAAUUGAUAUGAGAUCCAAACUGCAGAAGUGCAGAGUGUUGUUGUUUAAAAGCCUCAUAUUGUGGGUGAGCGAAUUGCACGAGCUGGUUAGAUGCCUGUGCAGAGUGCAUGUAAACUGCCCUCUCCUCUCUACUUUUGAUGCAGCCUCUCUGAAGCCUCAAAUGAGCAGUACUCUAUUUGGCCUUGCUAUUAUCAUAGCAUUAUCUGCAAUACUGAACCUGGGCAUAGCUUGCUAUGGAACCCGGCAAGCAUGGGGCUCACACAUUGAUUUUCGAGAUCCUCAUUUUCUGGCUUUCACUGCAGCUGAGCGUCACUUUUUGCAAUCAGAAUACGAAGAAUACACGUUUGCAAAUAGUGGCAGCCUAGUGUGUUUCCGCUCCGUGGCUAUCAUUUUCAUACUAGUCUUGCUGAUACGUCAAGCUAUGAUGGUCACAAGAGACUUUGUGAUGGUGCAGGAGUCAACAUCAUUAUUUAAUCUGGCUGGUUUUCUUUUGCCAUGUUAUGUGAUGGCCCGCACAUGGUACAUCAUACAAUGCCGAAGGAGGAGACAGGAGUAAGUAAGAAGCUAUCAAUGCUGGAUCAGCUCCAAGCUUCUCCAAUACAUGCCCCGUUCAUGGCUAAUAUUGUUCACGGGAAUCCCUCUUUAUAUAUUGUUCUUCUCAUGAUGUACUAGAAGCAAAAGGUGCCAUUACUAGGGAGGAACUUAAUGCCAAUUCGUAGCCCCGCUUUAAGCCAUUCUAUGAACUCAAAAAAGCAAAUGUAAAUGUGAAAAUUGAGUUCAUGAGGCUUUUGCACUUCCUCUUCUCCCUGUUGUAGGAAGUACCAUUGAAGCUUUCAGCCAUCUUUUGGAAAAUAUUGUGAAGGCGGU